AUGGUUCAUGGAUUAUAUAACACAAACCCUGUUGUUUAUGAAAGAAAAGAACGCCGAAGACAUUAUUCGGUAGUGCCGGCUGAUGUUGAUGACCAAUAUACUAUUGACCCUAUCAGUCAACUAGAAGUUUUUGAUCAUAUCAGAGAUAUAAAAGAUCCAGAAUAUCCCUAUUCCUUGGAGCAACUGAAAGUUGUCACGGAGGAUUCUGUUGAAAUAAAUGAUAGUCAUAACCAUCUCAGGGUCACAUUUACUCCUACAAAAGAAGGUUGCCCUAUGGUUACAACUAUUGGACUUUGCUUGCGUGUAAAACUUAUGCUCAGUCUACCUUCUCGUUACAAGGUGGAUAUUAGAGUGGCACCAGGAACUCAUGCACACGAAGCUGCAGUAAACAAACAAUUGAAUGAUAAAGAACGGGUGGCAGCAGCAUUAGAAAACCCUGGCUUGGGAGAGAUUAUUGAUCAGUGUUUGGCUCCUACUUAUGAAUGA